AUGACCAGCAACAGCAGCCAGAACAUCAGCAGCUGCAGCACCGGCGGAAGCGACGCGGCGGUCGGCGGCAACUGGCUCGGCUUCUCUCUGUCGCCUCACAUGGCGGCGACCAUGGACGGCGCGGCCGACGGCUCCAGCGGCGUUCCGGUGCAGCAGCACCACGGAGGCCUCUGCUACCCUCCUGUCGUCUGUUCCUCGCCCGCGCCCUUCGGCUACUCUCUCGGCGGCGGCCACGAUGGUCACGCCAAUGCUAGCGGGGGGUUCUACCCCGGGCUCUCCUCUAUGCCGCUCAGCUCCGACGGCUCCCUGUGCAUCGUGGAGGCCCUCCAUAGGAGCGAGCAAGAACGUCAUGGGGUGGUGGUAUCCUCGACAUCGCCCAAGCUGGAGGAUUUCUUGGGCGCGAGCACCGUGAUGGCGCUGAGCUUGGACAGCUCCAGCUUCUACUACGGCGGCGGUCACAGCCACCACGCGCACGGUCACGGCCACGACCAAGGCGGCUACCUGCAGUGCGCGGUGAACCCCGGUUCGGGCGGGCACGACGUGUACGGCGGGCACGCGCAGAUGGUGGACGAGCAGUCCGCCGCGGCAAUGGCGGCGAGCUGGUUCUCGGCCCGCGGCGGCGGCGGCGGCGGCGGCUACGACGUCAACGGCGCCGGCGCCAUCGUGCCGCUGCAGGGCCACCCGCACCCGCUGGCCCUUUCCAUGAGCUCCGGGACGGGGUCCCAGUCCAGUAGCAUCACCAUGCAAGUCGGCGCCCACGCCGACGCCGUCACCGAGUACGUCGCCAUGGACGGGAGCAAGAAGCGCGGCGGCGGCGGCGGGCAGAAGCAGGCCGUCGUCCACCGCAAGUCCAUCGACACAUUCGGGCAGCGCACGUCGAAGUACCGCGGCGUCACCAGGCAUAGGUGGACGGGGAGGUAUGAGGCGCACCUCUGGGACAACAGCUGCAGGAAGGAAGGCCAGUCCCGGAAAGGCCGGCAAGGCGGGUAUGACAUGGAGGAGAAGGCCGCUAGGGCGUAUGACCUGGCGGCGCUCAAGUACUGGGGGAAGUCCACGCACGUAAAUUUCCCGAUCGAGGACUACAGGAAGGAGCUGGAGGAGAUGGAGAACAUGACCAGGCAGGAGUAUGUCGCUCACCUGAGAAGGAAAAGCAGCGGGUUCUCGCGUGGUGCUUCGAUCUACCGUGGAGUGACCAGGCAUCACCAGCACGGGCGGUGGCAGGCGCGCAUCGGCCGCGUCUCGGGCAACAAGGACCUCUACCUGGGAACAUUCAGCACGCAGGAGGAGGCGGCGGAGGCGUACGACGUGGCGGCCAUCAAGUUCCGGGGCCUCAACGCGGUGACCAACUUCGACAUCACGCGGUACGACGUCGAGAAGAUCAUUGAGAGCAACACGCUGCUCCCGGGCGAGCAGGUCCGGCGCAAGAAGGACGGCGACGCCGCCGCCGCCCCGGUCUCAGAGGCCGACGCCGUGGCCCGCGCCGCCGCGGCGCUGGUGCAGGCCGGCGGCAGCUGCGUGGCGGACACCUGGAAGAUCCAGGCAGCGGAGCUGCCGGCUCCUUCCGUCGCGCGGGGAGGCGGUGGCCAGCAGCAGCAGCACCAGGACCUGCUGUCGAGCGAGGCGUUCUCGCUGCUGCACGACAUCGUGUCCGUGGACGCUGCUGGGACGGGGGGCGGCAGCGCCAGCGCGCACAUGUCCAACGCGUCGUCGCUGGCCCCCAGCGUGAGCAACUCCCGGGAGCAGAGCCCGGACCGGGGCGGCGGCGGCCUCGCUAUGUUCUUCGCCAAGCCCGCGGCGUCGGUGCCCAGGCUAGGCUGCCCGCUGCCGCUGGGAUCCUGGGUCUCGCCGUCGGCCGUGUCGUCCGCCAGGCCCGGCGUGUCCAUCGCGCACCUGCCAAUGUUCACCGCGUGGACCGACGCUUGA